AUGCAGUCGUCGAGCCUGGGUGGAGGCUAUCCUAGGUACCAGGGCUACCCGUAUGUGAAACCAAUAAUCACUGAGAUACCAUCCGAUGCACAGCCGGCCACAAUAAUACAGCCCCCACCCCAGGCCAGUAACCCUUACCCUCGUUACCAAGGGUAUCCCUACGUGAACCCCAUCGUAACUGAUGUUCCCACUAUAGACCCCCAAACAGCAGCAAGAUGGGCCAAUCUACCACGACGACCAUUGCAGACUGAUGGCCCAAGAGCUGGAACGAGCUAUGGACCCAGUAGUCCUCAGACAACACCCACAAGAGCUGCCACAACAGAAAAUGCAGAGACAACUAAAAAGGACAUCGAUGAGACGCCUGUCGUCUACAUUGACAUGCCUGAAGCUGGGAGCGAGGUGUCACAGAGCAUCGUCACUCCUACUGAUGAUGAACCGGAGUUCGUGCAGGACACGAUCAUGUACGAUCCCUUUGAAAACCGAAGGAUUGACGCAGUGAAAGAUGAAUCAAGAUCUGGUGCGUCUUCCGAAUCAGGAUCCUCAAAUUCAUCACACCAUCAAGCUAUCAGACCAAACACCCUGAACCUGGCUGGAGGAAGCUCAAGUGCAGACACUCCAGGCUCUUCAUCAUCACGACAGACUCCAUUAAUGCCAAGUUUUAUGGCUAAAGAGAGUCAAGUAUAUGGUGGAAAUACAAGUGAUGGGUUUCCAAUAUCACCCAUUCCUAUUUCGGAGUUUCCAGAGCCACCACCGGCUUACACAGAGACUCCUGUUACUCAAUCUCCAUCUCCUACCAGAGAUCCUGCUAGAGAGACGCCCAGAGAACCCAUUCUGGAGCCUUUGAGAGUGGAGUCAAUUCGAAGAGAUCCUGUUUAUUCUCCAGCUCCUAUGACGCAGGUCAUCACAUCAAAUUACUCCAGUCCAGUAACCAACCUGCCUCUAUCAGCUAUGAACUACGAGAGAAAGAACCUCAUCUGCCAUCAUUGUGGAUCCAGGGUACAUACGCUGGUUGUCAAAGAGAAUGGACCUAUGACACACGUCAUAGCUUGUAUUCUCUUUUUUAUGUUCCCUCUCUCAAUCUUCUGUGUCUACUGCACCGACUACUUCAAGUACAACAACCACUACUGUCCCAGCUGUAACAACCAAAUCGGUUACGUGUCUCCUGUAGUGGGUAAAAAAGUUAAUUACAUCACUUAA